GUUCUGAUUGGUUAUUGUUCAUUCGUUUGGCGGUAAUUCCAAAAUGGCGGACAAUCGAACAAGGACACGCUUGCUCUGUUGGUCCCAAGACCACAACAAUAGCUUUCCAAAGAAAAACGCACAACCAUGCUCUGUUGGUGAGUAGUGGCAAGCAUACAGCAAUGAAUAGGCCGGUCAUUUCACCUGCCUUCUGUGCGGCGUCUUCGCCCGAGCAUACAUUGGAGGUCAUGCAAAAACGACUUCAAAUGGCGGAAGACGAAACAAAAAAGCUCGUUACUCAACUUGAGGACUACGGCUUCAGUAAAGAGAUACAUGAAAGAAAAAACGAUAAAGGAGGCAAGAUAGAACCUAUAUCAUCGUUUAAGCUUGGACCUGGCUCAACACAAAUGGAUGUUCUUCAAAAAAAUUACGACCAAAUGGUUUCUCGAGUUUGCCGCUCAGAAAGUACCAUACAAUCGUUAAAGCUGGCUAUGUGUAGUCUCCAAGCAGAGAGGGAUUUGUCCGGUUUACGAAAGAGCAAGGAGAUUGAAAUUCCCAAGGAUACUUAUGACAGGGAAAUCAAAGCUCUUGAAAAGAAAUUAUCCCGAUGUAAACAAGAGCUGGAGAAUAACAACGAACGGAGGUUAGAAGCUGAAUCAGCUGUGCAACGUCUGAAAAAUUCACUGGAUAAGGCUUCUAAUUUUAGUAAUGAAACAAAAGUGAAGGUGGAGGAGUUAAAGAAUGAUAAACAGAAACUCUCAAAGAAAGUUAAUGAGCUUAAAGAGGAGCUCUCUAGAGAGCAACAGAUGCGCUCAAGCCUUGAGCAGUCCCACACAACCCUGCUUCAAAGAGUGAAUGACAUGGAUCGGGUGGUAGAGACAGAAAGAGGCGAUGUACAGGCCCUGGCUGCUGAAUGCCAGGAACUCAAGAGGGAGGCUUCUACCACAAAGGAGGAAUACAAUAAGGAGAGAAAGAUGAGGCUGCAGCUGGAAACCCUUGUCACACAGCUACAAGAAGACUCAGCAAAUACAGAUGCAGAGCUAGGAACUCUCAGAACAGAGAAAAGGAAUCUGAAUGAAGAUAUUGCAAAGUACAAGCAAGAUAACAAAGAGUUGAGACAGCAGUUUGAGAAUUUACGGUCUGCACAUGAGAAUCUUAAGGCUGCCCAUGAGAAAGUUUAUAUUGAGCACAAACAAGUUAGCGAGGAGCUGAGAGCUGCAACAGUGGAUAAUAAAGUUCUCCUAAGCCAGCAGCGCGAGGCACUACAACGUGAACGGCAGGCCAUGAGUAUGCGACUUGCCGAACAGGAUAGAGCUCUGGACAUGGCCAAACAGGCGCUUGUCAUUGAGGUGGAGGAGGAGAGGGCAAGGCUGAUGGCUGUAGAUAGAGAAAGGUCUAAACUUAAAGAGGAAAUUUUUAAACUGCAAAGUGACAAGAAAGUGGCUGAAGGGGACAAAGAAAAACUGAAACUAAAGAUUGAGGAACUCAAACUAAAUCUUGAGCAAACAAAUAAAGAAAAGGAACUGGUAAUGGGAGAGAAGGGACAGAUACUAGAGGAAAUAAAGCGGACAGUUGAUGGCUUCUCUCAAGAGAGGAAUAGAAUUGAACAACAGCUAAGGGAUGCUGGGGUUGAAAUUGAACGACUCCAGCAGAGAAAUGGGGUGAUGGAGAGGGAAUGCCAGGCACAACUUGACAGAAUAGUAGAGCUUGAAAACCAGCAGCACCUUGGACGUCACCAAAUAGAAGAAGCAAUGAAAGACAUGGUUGAGGCCAAGAACCGCCUUGCAUAUGAGAAAGGUUCCCUGCAGUCUCGUGUGGAGCACCUGAACAAGGAGCUAAGUGCAAUGGGGGCCCUCAAGGUAGAACUAGAGCAUCUUCGGAAAGAAAAUACAACAGCUCAAAAUCAUUACAAAAAGGUUUUAUCAGAGCUGCAGUCUUGUCGGACAGAAAACCAGGAGCUGCAAGGACGCCUGCAUCAGCUUGAGUUGAACUCUGGAAUGAGGGACAGCGACCUGCGAGCUGUGAUUACGUCACGUGACGAGGCAUUGCGAGAGGUGGAGAAGCUGGUGCACCAUACCGAGGCUCUAGAGAGGAAUUACCAGAAUAAGAUUGAGUCUUUACAAAGGGCAUUUAACGAGGCAAGAGAAAACAACUGCCGCCUGACCAGCACGACUGAGAGCCUAAUGGGAUCACAUGCGGAGCUACAGGCCACGCUCGAGAACAUGCAGACGGAACUAGGACGCAGGGACUCGGAACUGAAGAGUGUAACAAAGGAGAGAAACGCAGCGUUUGAGAGGGUACAAGAUUUGCAAUACGAGCUAGACAGUCUUCAUAACAGACUUGCGGGGCUGGAGAACAGUGAACAGCAUGAGCUUCGUCCUCUGCGAGAGGCAGUAAAGAGUGCCAAGAACGAUCACCAGGAGUUGACCCAGAAGCUUGAACGAGCAAUGCAGACCAACUCCAAACUGCAGAGCACAGCAGAGAGGCUGCAGAUGGAGCUGGGCAGGAAGGACGUAGAGCUAGAGAAGCUUAUCAAGGACAGAGACCACGGACAACAAGAAACGGCCGAGCUACAGGAUAGAAUGGAAGAGUUGGAGUCACAAUUACAGACAACAAAAAAUAAGCAGAGAAAUCAGUUUGCCCAGCUUAAGCGAGAUCUGGAUGAGGCUCUAGAAUCAAACUCUCACCUAAAAGGGGCAAACCAGACGUUGGAGGAUAACCUUCGGGGGUUGGAACAACAACUUGAGAAAACCAAAGGACGAGCGAAGAGCCUGAAGUACCAGCUUGACCAGGUGAAAAGGGAAAAGAAGCAGCGCCAAGAGGACGAAGAGGAAGCUACCGUGAAAGUGCAAAGGUUCCAAGGAGAGCUAAACCAAAUGGAAAAAGUAAAGGCCGAGUACAUGCGUAAAAACAAGGAGCAGUCGAAAACAAUUGAAGAGUUUGUCUCUAAAGUUGGCGCCUUAAAGCAUGAAUUACAGUCCCUCAUUGAAGCACAGAAUGAAGCAGCGCAGGCGAACAGACAAAAGGACAAAGAACUAGAAAAAGAAAGAGCGAAACGUAAAGACUUGGAACAGAGAUUAAAGAAAUUGCAAUCGAAAGAAAAAGAGCUGAACUCCAUCAGGGAGGAGACAGAGCAGAAGCUGCGAGAAGCGAACAACGAGAGUCAGCAGGUUUCUGAGAAUUUAAAGCAAGCGCAUAAAUGGUUCAAAACGAAGUUUGAGGACCUUCAGGCGGAGCUAGCCAGAUCCAAAAAAAUACAAAGUGCGUUAGAGCGUGAAAACCGUGAGCAACAGAAGAAAUUGCGACUGGAGAAAAAGCAAGCUGUGAACGAAACAGAAAAGGCGAAGGAAAUCCUAAGAACAAGCCGGUUGACGUUGAACAAACUGACAGGAGAUGUGGCUGAGAACCUGUGGGAAACGAAGGGCAUGAAGCACGCUCUACAAGCAGAAAAAGAUAUCAACGCAAUGACUACACAUAAACUACAGAGAUUGCAGCAUUCCACUGCGCGACAUAUGGAAGGACUCGUACAAGAACUCGACACAUUACGGCGUUCUGUCAAAUAACAUCUACAUAUGAACUGUAAAUAGCAUAAAAGAUAAUACCUUCAUGGGCGUGUGCAAUAAAGCGCAUGGAAUUUGUAGAGCGGUUACAAUAAUAUGAGAAAUUUUAUGGAAAGUUAUAUAUAUUUAGUCAUCCUUUAGUUGUAAUAGAAGAAUUCAUGUAAAUAGAGAAAUAUAUAGGAAAGUAUUUUUUAUGUGUUGUGUGUUAUGUAUAUGGAGCACCAUGUAAAUAAAAUCAAGAGUAGAACUGAA